UUCCUUCCAACAUGGCGCAGGCAGGUUGCCGAUAGAAAACCAAGGGAUUUCCUUGAAAAUUUAUCCCACCUUCUGCGUUUCCCCGAUGUUUUUCCGUCGGGGCUUACGACGGUAGCGCUUUUGCAAAGGAGAGGUCGAUCAGAAGCGAAUUCUGCCCGCGGGACAGGCACCUUGCAACCUGCUUUGCUCCGAUUCCAUUGAGUCAUGCAUGAAGGGAAGAAGACGAAAAACAUGUUUCUAACCCGAGCGCUGGAAAAGAUUUUAGCCGACAAGGAGGUGAAAAAAGCACACCAUUCUCAGCUGCGGAAAGCAUGCGAGGAGGCAUUAGAGGAAAUCAAAGAGGAGUCGGAGAAGUUAAGUCCGCCUGCCGGGGAGAACAGAGCGGGCUCCGGCACUCUGCCGCCGGUCAGAUCGAAGGCCAGCUUCAUCGAGGCCGACAAGUACUUCCUGCCGUUUGAGCUGGCCUGCCAGUCCAAAUGCCCGCGCAUCGUCAGCACGUCCCUGGACUGUUUACAGAAACUCAUCGCGUACGGACACCUGACCGGCAGUGCUCCGGACAGCACCGCACCGGGGAAGAAGCUGAUCGACAGGAUCAUCGAGACCGUCUGCGGCUGCUUCCAGGGACCGCAGACCGACGAGGGCGUGCAGCUGCAGAUCAUUAAGGCCCUGCUCACGGCGGUCACCUCCCAGCACAUUGAGAUUCAUGAAGGGACGGUGCUGCAGGCGGUGAGAACCUGCUACAACAUCUACCUGGCCAGCAAGAACCUCAUCAACCAGACCACCGCCAAAGCCACGCUCACGCAGAUGCUCAAUGUCAUCUUCGCCCGAAUGGAGAACCAGGCGCUCCAGGAGGCUCGGCAGAUGGAGAAGGACAGGCACAGACAGCAGCUUCUGCAGCACUCAGCGGAACCCGAGUCUCCGCGGCUGCAGGAGUCCCCGGUCAGCCAGCACACAGCGGAACCCGAGUCCCCGCGGCUGCGGCAGGAGGCUGAGGGAACCGAGGACCCGGAACCGGAGAACGGGUCUGUGUUCUGCAGCCCCGAGAACGAGCAGACCGAGGCGGACCAGGCCACUGCCGCGGCCGAGAGUCUGUCCAAGCGAGAAGGCGAGGCCACAGAGGAGGAGGAAACACCCAACUACGAGGAAAAGGCCCAGGAGAUAGUGCAGAGCGUUCUGCAGGAAGUAAUCAGCACCGUUGUCGGGGAUUCCAGGGAGGCUGUGGCAGGGACGGAGGGUGUGGAAGAUUUGGCAGGCUCUGUGGAGGAUGAGGGGGGGCAGGGCAGUGAUGGAGAGCACGUCCACGCCAACGGCAUCCCGGGCACGCCCAUCUCCGCCGGCUUCACCCCCUCCCUGACCGACGACCGGCUGUCCGUCUCCUCCAGCGACACUCAGGAAUCGGGAACCCCCGUGGGGCAGAUGCCAGGGGCGAAGUUCUCCCACAUCCUACAGAAGGAUGCCUUUCUUGUGUUCCGAUCACUCUGCAAGCUAUCUAUGAAGCCCCUGUCAGAUGGCCCUCCCGAUCCAAAGUCUCACGAGCUGCGGUCGAAGGUCCUGUCCCUGCAGCUUCUCCUCUCCAUCCUGCAGAACGCGGGGACCGUCUUCAGGACCAACGAGAUGUUCAUCAACGCCAUAAAGCAGUACCUGUGUGUGGCGCUGUCCAAGAACGGCGUCUCGUCUGUCCCCGAGGUCUUCGAGCUGUCGCUUUCCAUAUUCCUCACUCUGCUGUCCAACUUCAAGACGCAUCUGAAGAUGCAAAUAGAGGUGUUUUUCAGGGAGAUAUUUCUGUAUAUUUUGGAGACGUCCACCAGCUCCUUUGACCACAAGUGGAUGGUGAUACAGACCCUCACCAGGAUAUGUGCAGAUGCCCAGAGUGUGGUUGAUAUCUAUGUGAACUAUGACUGUGACCUGAAUGCUGCUAAUAUAUUCGAGAGGCUGGUGAAUGACCUGUCAAAGAUCGCACAGGGCCGCGGGGGGCAGGAGCUUGGUGUGACCCCAGGUCAGGAGCUCAGUCUGAGGAAGAAGGGCCUGGAGUGUUUGGUGUCCAUCCUCAAGUGCAUGGUGGAGUGGAGUAAAGAUCAGUACAUAAACCCCAACUCUCAGACCAGCCUGGGAAGAGCAGGCCAGGAGAAGCCCAGCGAUCAGGAGCCCAGCGAGUCCAAACCUGCGGAGAGCAUCAACCGCUACGGGAGCGUCAACUCGCUGGACUCGACCGCGUCCUCGGGGAUCGGCAGCUACAGCACGCAGACGUCCGGGACCGACAACCCCGAGCAGUUCGAGGUCCUCAAGCAGCAGAAGGAGAUCAUUGAGCAGGGCAUCGACCUGUUCAACAAAAAACCAAAGAGAGGGAUGCAGUACCUGCAGGAGCAAGGCAUGCUGGGUACUACCCCAGAAGAUAUUGCCCAGUUUCUACACCAGGAGGAGAGACUGGAUUCUACUCAGGUGGGCGAUUUCCUCGGGGACAACGACCGCUUUAACAAGGAGGUGAUGUACGCCUACGUGGACCAGAUGGACUUCCAGGGCAAGGACUUUGUCUCCGCGCUGCGCCUCUUCCUGGAGGGCUUCCGUCUGCCCGGGGAGGCACAGAAAAUCGACCGGCUCAUGGAGAAAUUCGCUGCCAGAUACUUAGAAUGUAACCAAGGGCAGACGCUGUUCGCCAGCGCUGACACAGCCUACGUGCUGGCGUACUCCAUCAUCAUGCUGACGACAGACCUGCACAGCCCACAGGUUAAGAAUAAGAUGUCAAAAGAGCAAUACAUUAAGAUGAACCGAGGAAUCAACGAUAGCAAAGACUUACCUGAGGACUAUCUCUCUGCCAUCUACGAUGAGAUCGCCGGGAAGAAGAUCUCAAUGAAGGAGACAAAAGAGCUGACCAUCAAGUCAAAUAAACAAAGUGUAGCCAGUGAGAAGCAGCGGCGGCUGCUGUAUAACGUGGAGAUGGAGCAGAUGGCAAAGACGGCCAAGGCGCUGAUGGAGGCGGUGAGCCACGUCCAGGCCCCCUUCACCAGCGCCACACACCUGGAGCACGUCCGGCCCAUGUUCAAGCUGGCCUGGACGCCGUUCCUGGCAGCUUUCAGCGUGGGCCUGCAGGACUGUGACGACACUGAGGUGGCCUCUCUCUGUCUGGAGGGAAUCCGCUGUGCCAUCAGGAUAGCCAGCAUCUUCUCCAUCCAGCUGGAGCGGGACGCCUAUGUUCAGGCGCUGGCCCGGUUCACCCUGCUGACCGCCAGCUCCGGCAUCGGCGAGAUGAAGCAGAAGAACAUCGACACCAUCAAGACCCUGAUCACCGUGGCCCACACCGACGGCAACUACCUGGGCAACUCCUGGCACGAGAUCCUGAAGUGUAUCAGCCAACUAGAGCUGGCGCAGCUGAUCGGCACAGGGGUGAAGGCCCGCUACAUCUCAGGGACCGUCAGAGGCAAGGACGGCUUUCUCACCGGCAGCCGGGAGCACACCUCCGACGAGUACCUGGGGCUGGUCGGGGGCACCGUGGAUCGGAAGCAGAUAGCCAGCAUACAGGAGUCCAUCGGAGAGACCAGCUCCCAGAGCGUGGUGGUCGCUGUCGACAGGAUAUUUACAGGCUCCACCAGGCUGGAUGGCAAUGCAAUCGUUGAUUUCGUGCGCUGGCUGUGCGUGGUGUCGAUGGACGAGCUGGCCUCGCCGACACACCCCCGAAUGUUCAGCCUGCAGAAGAUCGUGGAGAUCUCCUACUACAACAUGGGCCGAAUCAGGCUGCAGUGGUCCCGGAUCUGGGAGGUCAUUGGGGAUCAUUUCAACAAGGCGGGCUGCAAUCCCAACGAGGACGUGGCCAUUUUCGCGGUGGACUCCCUCAGGCAGCUGUCCAUGAAGUUCCUGGAGAAGGGGGAGCUGGCCAACUUCCGCUUCCAGAAGGACUUCCUCAGGCCUUUCGAGCACAUCAUGAAGAAGAACAGGUCCCCCACGAUCCGGGACAUGGUGGUCCGCUGCAUUACCCAGAUGGUGAACUCUCAGGCGGGGAACAUCCGCUCCGGGUGGAAGAACAUCUUCUCCGUCUUCCACCUGGCCGCCUCGGACCAGGACGAGGGCAUCGUGGAGCUGGCCUUCCAGACCACGGGACACAUCGUCACGAGCGUGUUUGAGAAGCACUUCCCCGCCACCAUCGACUCCUUCCAGGAUGCGGUGAAGUGCCUGUCGGAGUUCGCCUGCAACGCCGCCUUCCCCGACACCAGCAUGGAGUCCAUCCGGCUGAUCCGCCACUGCGCCAGAUACGUGUCCGAGCGGCCGCAGGCUUUUAAAGACUACACCAGCGACGACAUAAACGUAGCUCCGGAGGACCGGGUCUGGGUGCGAGGCUGGUUCCCCAUCCUGUUCGAACUCUCCUGCAUCAUCAACAGGUGUAAACUGGACGUGAGGACCAGGGGUCUGACGGUCAUGUUUGAGGUCAUGAAGACCUACGGCCACACGUACGAACAGCACUGGUGGCAGGACCUGUUCAGGAUCGUCUUCAGGAUCUUCGACAACAUGAAGCUCCCAGAGCAGCAAACCGAGAAAGCGGAGUGGAUGACCACCACCUGCAACCAUGCGUUGUACGCCAUCUGUGACGUCUUCACACAGUACUUCGAGUCGCUUAGCGACAUCCUCCUGGACGACAUCCUGGCCCAGCUCUUCUGGUGUGUUCAGCAAGAUAAUGAGCAGCUGGCCCGCUCCGGCACAAACUGCCUGGAGAACGUGGUGAUCCUGAACGGGGAGAAGUUCACCCCAGAGACCUGGGACAAAAUCUGCAACUGCAUGCUGGGAAUAUUCAGGACCACCAUCCCACACGCGCUGAUGACGUGGAAACCGGCUGGGCCCGGUGGAGAGGCCGUAGCCCGGGUGGAGGAGGCAGACAGGCAGCUGGACUCCUUUUCCCAGAAGUCCCUGGACAUUCAGGCGCGGGGAGAUGACCAGCAGUCCAUCAGCAGUGCCGAGAAGCCCUCCCAGGAGAACCAGCGGCCGGGUCAGUUGGGCGGGGGAUCGGGCACACGUGAAGACAGCCUCAGAGCCAGGACCCCAACUAAGGUGCAGGAGCAGUGGCUGUUCUCCGCCCUCCUCAUCAAAUGUGUGGUUCAGCUGGAGCUCAUCCAGACCAUCGACAACAUCAUCUUCUUCCCCACCACCAGCAAGAAGGAGGACGCCGAGAACCUAGCGGCUGCACAGAGAGACGCGCUGGAUGCUGACGUCCAGGUGGAGAUCCAGGACCAGGGAAUGUACCGCUACCUGACCUCAGAGCAACUCUUCAAGCUGCUGGACUGUCUGCUGGAGUCGCACCGCUUCGCCAAGGCCUUCAACUCCAGCAACGAGCAGAGGACAGCGCUGUGGGGAGCAGGCUUUAAAGGGAAGUCCAAGCCCAACCUGCUGAAGCAGGAGACGGGCAGCCUGGCGUGUGCCCUGCGCAUCCUCUUCCGCAUGUACGCCGACGAGCACCGCCAGGCCGACUGGGACGAGGUCCAGAGACGCCUGCUCAUUGUAUGCAGCGAGGCCAUCCAGUACUUCCUGACUCUGACGUCCAAGAGCCACAGAGAAACAUGGACCAACCUGCUGCUCCUCUUCCUCACCAAGGUGAUGAAAAUCAGUGAUGACAGGUUCCGGGCCCACGCCUGCAGGUACUACCCCCUGCUCUGUGACGUCAUGCAGUUCGACCUCAUUCCGGAACUGCGGGCCGUCCUGAGGAAGUUCUACCUGCGAGUCGGAAUCGUCUUCAACGUCUCGCAGCCGGCCAGUCCGGAGAACCAGUGAUGGCUCUGAGUUGACCGUUUUUCAUUUUUUUUGGCAAUAAUUUGAUUUUUUUUCUGUUUCAAAGAAGUUGUUGCACUCUUAUUUAUCGAACGCACUGGGAAUCUUCACUUUAAGUUUGCCGUUACUCCGUCACGUUGUAAGAUGGAGAGGGCUGCUAUCAGUUGAUAUGGCGCAGACAUAGUAUAAAUUAUUCAAUUUUAUAUGUACAGAGGCUUUUAUUUAAAUACAACUGGAACUUAAAAUAUUUCCAAUAAUCUGAGCUGCACCUGAAUGAUCCAGUCUGUCUCCAUGUCUGAUGUAGCUUUCACUGUACCUGUAUAAAAUGGAAAGUGUAAUUAUAUACAUAUAUAUAUAAAAAUCUUUUUCGACUGGGGGAUGUACUGACAGUAUGAAUGAAUGUUAGCUGUGCUUUGGAUGAAGUGAUGUGAAUGAGACUGGGUGAUGGAGAUGUGAUAACCUAAUGGAUGAGAUGUAUAUGGUACAGCAAUGUAAAGUUUUCUAUGUUUAAAAAAAAUCUUGUACAACUUUCUGUACAAUAUAGCUUAUGAACA